AUCGAUUACUAGUACAUUUUUGUUUGACAAAACAUUUUAUUCAGAUCUGAACAUAAGGGAAAGUAGCUAGGGAAAUAGCAAAAGAAACCAUGGCCAUGUCUAUGUUUUUUAACUUCAUGUUCCCACCACCAUCUUCUAUAUUUGUCACAGCCAUGUCAAUUAUAAGUUUUGUUGCACUUGCAAAUUAUGGUAUUUCUGAAAUCAGAGGAAAGCAUUUGAAUUAUUCCAAAUUUUGGAAUGCAAAUAAUAACAAAACCAAUAGUGUAAAGCAAAUUAAGUUGUCAAGUAAGGUUGGUAUGUUGUUGCUCUAUACUCCUGCUUUUCUAGCUGGUGCAGUGUCCUUUUGGAUCUUUCCUAAUGAAGGUUUAAGAUCUACAAUCCUUCAAGGUGCUUUGACCCUUCACUACUUCAAGAGGGUCUUUGAGUCUCUGUUUGUUCACAAAUAUAGUGGUUCUAUGAUUCUUGAUUCUGCAAUUCCAAUCACUCUGAGUUACCUUAUGUCAACUAUAACUAUGAUCUAUGGCCAACACCUCACAAAAGACCUUCCAGAACCACAAAUUAAUUUGAUUUAUCCAGGAAUUGUGUUGUUCCUAGUUGGUAUCAUUGGCAACUUCUACCAUCAUUUUCUUCUAUCAAAAUUGAGAGGAAAAGGUGAAAAAGAAUACAAGAUUCCUAAAGGUGGCUUAUUUGGGAUUGUGAUAUGUCCUCAUUAUAUGUUUGAGAUAAUUGAUUUUUAUGGGGUAUUUUUCAUUUCCCAAACAUUGUAUUCAUUGAUUUUUGCUAUAGGCACCACUUUCUACUUGUUAGGUAGGAGUCAUGCAACUAGGAAUUGGUAUCUUUCUAAGUUUGAAGAUUUCCCAAAAAAUGUUAAGGCUGUUAUCCCAUUUGUGUUUUAAAUUGUUGUAACAUUAAUCCCUAAUGUGGACGGGGCAUUUGGUUGUGACAUUUAUAAAAUGUUGUAUUGUUGUGCAUGUAUGUUGGAAUACAUAUGUUGAUUUAAUCACGUGAAACAAGAAAAUUGUUGUUUGACGUUAAAAUUGUUUCAUAUAUUAUAUUCUUAUCCA